CAUUAGUGGAUGAGAUUCUUUAAAAAGUUUAAUCUUAACCUCAAGAACCAACUAAUAUAGGUUUGUAAAUUCUUCUCUACAUUAAAAGCUUUAUUUCUUACUUUUUAUUUUAGAGACCAGUUGGGCUGUUUCAUUUUUCUCUGUGAAAACCAUAGCCCUCUUACUAUCAUCAUGCCUCCUGAGCUGCCAUCCCAGAACAAUUCAACACCUCGAGUCCUUCAAGGCAACUUGUGCACCCUAAGUCCAGCUGUUAGAGAAUUCAUUGAGAGCAGUAUGAGUCUGUGCCAGCCAGAUGCCCUCCAUAUUUGUGAUGGCUCAGAUGAGGAGAACAGUGUAAUUCUUUCCAAGCUGCAGGAGCAUGGAAUGAUAAAAAGGCUGACUAAAUAUGAAAACUGUUGGCUGGCACGCACUGACCCCUGUGAUGUAGCUCGUGUGGAAAGCAGGACUGUGAUUGUGACUCAGGAACAACGUGACACAGUUCCCCUACCCCGUGGAGGUGGCAUCAGCCAACUGGGGCAAUGGAUGUCCAAAGAAGAGUGGGACAAAGCCAUGAGUGAAAGAUUUCCAGGGUGCAUGAAAGGUCGUACAAUGUAUGUAAUCCCCUUUAGGAUGGGCCCAAUGGGCUCUCCUCUCUCUAAAUUUGGAGUUGAACUAACAGAUUCACCUUAUGUGGUAGUCAGUAUGAGGGUGAUGACCCGAAUGGGAAAAGCUGUACUGAAUUCACUUGGAAAUAGGGAUUUUGUCCGAUGUCUGCACUCUGUUGGCUGCCCACUACCUCUUAACAAACCUCUAGUAAACAACUGGCCUUGUAAUCCUGAACUUACCCUUAUUGCUCAUAUUCCUGACCAAAGAAAGAUUGUAUCCUUUGGCAGUGGUUAUGGUGGAAACUCACUACUUGGAAAGAAGUGUUUUGCACUUCGCAUCGCCUCCUGCAUUGCUAAAGAAGAAGGUUGGCUAGCUGAACAUAUGCUAAUCCUGGGUAUCACUAACCCUACCGGUCAAAAAAAAUACUUUGCAGCUGCAUUCCCAAGUGCUUGUGGCAAGACCAACUUGGCCAUGCUUAGUCCCACCCUGCCUGGUUGGAAGGUUGAAUGUGUGGGAGAUGACAUUGCAUGGAUGAAGUUUGACAAAGAAGGUAAUCUUAGAGCCAUUAACCCAGAGAAUGGCUUCUUUGGUGUUGCUCCAGGAACAUCAGCAAAAAGUAACCCUAAUGCUAUAGAAACUAUUCGCAGAAAUACAAUUUUUACUAAUGUUGCGGAGACCAGUGAUGGAGGAGUUCACUGGGAGGGCUUAGACCAGAACCUGGCAGAAGGAGUGACAAUCACCUCAUGGAAAAACAAACCAUGGAAACCAGAAGACAGUAAUAACCUCUGUGAACCCAGUGCCCAUCCAAAUUCCCGAUUUUGUGCUCCAGCUUCUCAAUGCCCUAUUAUUGACCCACAGUGGGAAUCUCCUGAGGGUGUGCCCAUAGAGGCCAUCAUUUUUGGGGGUCGCAGGCCUGAGGGUGUGCCACUGGUUUAUGAGUCCUUUAGCUGGGCACAUGGUGUCUUUGUAGGUGCAACUAUGAGAUCAGAGUCAACAGCUGCUGCUGAACACAAGGAUAAGGUGAUUAUGCAUGACCCAUUUGCCAUGCGUCCUUUCUUUGGCUACAAUUUUGGUGAUUAUAUUGCCCACUGGUUAAGCAUGGAACAACGCUUCAAUGCUAAACUUCCAAAGAUCUUUCACGUUAACUGGUUUCGCAAGAGUCCUUCUGGGACAUUCCUCUGGCCUGGAUAUGGAGAAAACAUUCGCAUACUAGAGUGGAUAUUUCGCAGAUUAGAUGGAAAGACUGGUGCAAUACCCUCUGUGGUGGGCUACCUUCCUGCUAUUGGCUCUCUAAACUUAAGUGAUCUAAAAGAGAGUGUGAAUCUAGACAAGCUCUUUGAACUCUCUAAAGAUUUCUGGGAAAAGGAAAUUCUGAAUAUUAGGCGUUACUUUGAACAUGAAAUCAACAAUGAUUUGCCAGUAGAGAUGGAUAAACAGUUAGAAAUGCUGGCACAAAGAGUUAAACAACUAUAAGAGAGUGAGAUGGAAGAGAAAGAUGCUGCUUAAUAUUUUGACAUUUAGGAAUUUUAAUAUUUAGUAACUUAUUAAAGAGACAUAGUUUAAAAUCAUCAUUGUUACAAUUUCAUCUUUUGUAUUUGUAAUUAAUGUAAAAUUGCUAAUUCAUUAUUAUAACUGAAUCUUUACAACUCAUAUUAUAUAAAUGUUUUUUUUAAUGUAAUGCUUAGGGGUUUUUUUUCAACUUGAGACACAUAUACAUUGUUUAACAGACACUAAUAUAGUCUUGUUUAUUGUCAUCAUUAUAUCCUCACCUUUUUAUAAUUGUCAUUAAUAUUUGCAGUAAAUUAUUUUAAUUUACAAUGUAAAGUACUUUCUGUAUUUUUUUUUAUAGCAGACAUACUAGUAUGUUUAUCAAUUAAGUUUAUUAGGUAAAAUGUUUUUUUUUUUGCUUGAAUAAAUUGUAAUUGAUACUACUACUAAUAAUAAAACAUGUAUUAAAACAAA